ACGCGGGACCAGCUGUUUACACCUCGAUAGAAAGUGAAUCAAAGGAAACAUGAGUUCGAGUAGGCUUCUUCACGAUGAUCUCGAUUUUCCCUUUUGUGAUGAUGUUAUUAAGUAUGAGAAACUUGCCAAGAUCGGCCAGGGAACUUUUGGGUGAUGCAGCAGCUGCUCAAUGGCCUUUAUUAUAUCCACUCGAAUAAGAUCUUACACAGGGAUCUCAAAGCUUCUAAUGUGCUCAUCACCAAAAAUGGCAUUCUGAAGCUUGCAGAUUUUGGUCUCGCACGUGCGUUUAGUACCAGUAGACAAGGACCAAAUAGAUAUACAAACCGUGUCGUCACACUCUGGUAUCGUCCACCAGAGCUCUUACUAGGGGAAAGGAACUAUGGUCCUCCUGUAGACAUGUGGGGAGCAGGAUGCAUCAUGGCAGAAAUGUGGACACGUACUCCAAUAUUACAGGGUAGUACAGAGCAACACCAGUUGACUCUGAUAACAAAAUUAUGUGGCUCCAUAACCCCUGAGGUUUGGCCAUCUGUAGAAAAUCUAGAACUCUUCAACAAGAUGGAAUUAGCCAAAGGCCAACAGCGACGGGUUUGCGAGAGACUUAAACAAUAUCUUCGUGAUAAUAUGGCACUGGAUUUGUUAGACAAACUUUUAACACUAGACCCAGCCAAAAGAAUAGAUUCCUCAACAGCACUUGACCAUGAUUUCUUCUGGACUGAUCCCAUGCCCUGUGAUUUGUCCAAGAUGUUGUCACAACACACACAGAGUAUGUUUGAGUAUUUAGCUCCAGCCAGGCGGCCAGGUGCCUCCAAUAGACCUAUGCUACAACCUCGCCCACAGGAUAAUGUAUCAUCCUACCAAGAAAGAGUGUAUUAAAUAUAUAAUGAAUAUAACCUUGUAUGUUAACAUA